GCCACUAUCUUCUCCUCUGGCCGUAGUACUGACAGCCCGUACGGAGCGGGAUGUGAAACAAAAGAAAGAGACUCAAAAGUGGCCAGAGAAGAAACAAGGUAACUGAGAAAUAGAGGGCUCACUGAAACUAUCAUUCACAUAUAUUUAUACAGAUAAAACAAAUCUGGCUGCGGUUCUUUCGCCCAGCAUGUUGAGCAGCUAAUGAGAGUCCAUUGUGAGCAGAUUCAGAGCUCCUUCAGCUGAAACAGACUCUCACUGUUUCAGAGAGUGCUGAGGUAAAUGGAAGCGCAGCUGCUGUGCUGUGAGGGGGACAGGCCUGCCAUCCGGAGGGCCUGCCAGGACUCCAACCUGUUGACUGACCGGGUCCUGCAGGCUCUGCUGCGGGCUGAAGACAAGUACCUCCCCGCUCCAAACUACUUCAAAUGCGUCCAGAAAGAGAUCUCUCCGUACAUGAGGAGGAUAGUGGCCACCUGGAUGCUGGAGGUGAGUUUAUACACGGAUGUAACCUCACUGUUACAAAGUUUAUCUCUCUGUCUGGAAAGUUGUAUUUUCACUUUUUGGAGAGAUUGAAAACAGUUUAUUGAUUCGGCAUGCAAACUUGAACGACAUUCAUAUUCAGACCCAAAUUUAAGACAUACUCACACUGCUCUCUAGCACCGCUCCUGUGUUAGUGGGUGGUAAAAGAGACUAGCAGGAGAUAUUAUGUUAUAAAUGAGUAAAGUAUGUAUGCCGAUUGAAAUAUUAAUGCCUAUUAAGUGAGAACAGCCGAAAAAAGUUUUAUACUAUUGCAGUCUACCGGAAAAAUAAGCGGCUUUUAAAAAAUAUAGUGACUUUUUCAAUGGGGUCUGGAAGUAUGUUAGGCAACGUCACAAGAAUUGCUAUCAAAUAAACGAACUGGGUAAACAGGAGCAUGCAACAGGUUUAUAAAUGUCUCUUUGUAACUUCUUGAAGACGAUAAGAAUGAAUAAGAAACUGAAGCUGCCAUGUUUAAAAUGUAUAUUUUCAUCGGUUUAUUCAGCUUAACAAAUUUUAAUUGUUUCAACAAAAGCGAAUCGUCGCCGUAUUCAGUGAAAAAACUGGUCCUGUCUGCUCACAUGCUGGGUUACCUCUACAGUGAGUAGUAACAUUAGAAACCCAUAGAGGCUGUGCAGUUCAACUUUUCAUGAGUUUUUUGUGUCAAAGUUAGGAUCCCCAGACCACGCGUUGUCUUUGUGUUGGAGGGUCGUGAGGAGCUAAAGAGGUUCUCAGGUUUUACUGAGGCUCCAUAUCCUCUGCAAUUAACAUUAUUCUCCUUUACAGCCUGUUAUAGUCACGGAGACACCAGCUCUAUACAGCAGGGUUGUUACUGUCUGUUUCAAUGAGGGAUUACUGACAUGUAAUGACACAUCCAUACAACUUAUUUAUGAGGAACACUUUUUAUCCUACUGUCCUCACUCAACAUUUGCGUUAAAGGACUUUUAACAGUCAAGAAAGGCAGACAUCCUGUAGAUUAGACCUGAUCAUUCAAAAAGGACUUUUGUGAUUUUCCGUCAUUAGCAAGAAACUUAACUUAUUCUCACUUUAACAGAGGUUCAACUAGCUUCCUUUUGAUAUUUUAACCAAGGUUAUUAGUUUGUUAUGUCAUGGCCCACUUAUGAAAUUGUUGCAGAGUAAUCCAGUCAUUUUUUUGUUUUGUCAAGGCUUAAAUAACCAAUGUCUUAAAUGUUUCUCUCAAUUAUUAUUUCUGACCAGGGAUUAAUCUGUCAGUUAGAUACAAUAAGAUACAAACAGGGAAUGUCUGAAAGUGGAGUAUCAAGUGGUCACAUUAGAAAAAGGAGUCUCUAAAGCAGAGUUAAAACCCCUCCUUUCCCUUUAUUGAACACACGGUUUAGUUUUUGGAUGGAAUAUCAAAUUGGUGGUACUGAAAGAAGCUCUGCCCCAAAAACUACCAUACCCCAUGUGUUUUCAGUGUCUUUUGGACUGUUUUCACUCUCUAGUUAAAGAUAUUUUCAGAGUUUUGUCACAGGGCCACUCAUGCAUUUGCAUUCUGUCACAAAUUGAGCUCAUUUUACCACCGCUGAUAGUAAUCGGUUCACAGAUGUUGAAAACUGUCCAGAUCAACUCUGAUCCAACAGUUCAGACUUCUGCCUCGAACAACCUUCCAGGUGCUACUUUUCUCCAACCAAAAUAAAAACAUACGCCCACACAACAGUAACUUUAUCAAUGAAUACUGUAAGGAUUGUGGGAAAGUUAGACAUGUAUUCUGCGGCUUACAAGGCACAUGAGAUUUGACACACAAACACAACACCUGCUAUCCCAUAUUAACAACUCAGUCAUGUGUGAUAGUGUUAAACACAAACAGAAAUAAAGAACUUAGAGAGUAAAGAAAUAAGGUUUGAACAUGUGCAAAUAUUAAACUCUCCCUGUAUAAAAGAUCCAUUCUUGAAAUGAGACUUUAUUUUCGGCACAAAAGUGUGUUUAUAAUGAAAAACAGCCUCCAGCUGUGUGUGUCUGAUGCAGACUUUUGGAUAUCAGUUACAAGUCAGUCAUAGCUUCAUAAUAAUUGACCAUUUCAUGAUCCCUAACUGGGUACUUAGGACAUGUCUUACUACACUCUGAGCCAUAAAAAUACAUUAAAUUCUCAAUAAAGUAGGAAGUGUCAAUACAAAAACCAGUACCUGUACUACAACUAUUUUGAUUUUUGUCUGUGAUCAAAUUAGUGUUCAAUUUUGUAAAAAGAUCACAAAAUGAAUUCAUGGAUUAACAGAUUCAACAGUAGGUCCCAACAUUGAUUAAUAAACAGUUAAGAAUAAAGCUGUUGUUGUCUGGGUUACCUGUGCAGGUGUGCGAGGAGCAGAAGUGUGAGGAAGAGGUCUUUCCCCUGUCCAUGAACUACCUGGACCGCUUCCUGUCAGUGGAGUGUACAAAGAAGAGUUGCCUGCAGUUACUGGGAGCUGCCUGCAUGUUUCUGGCGUCCAAACUAAGAGAGACGAUCCCCCUGACGGCAGAGAAACUCUGCAUCUACACCGACAACUCCAUCACUCCCUCACAGCUGCUGGUAGGUGGACAGAGCGCUGAUGAAAGUCUCUGUUUUUUACAUGUAAGGGUCACAUUAAGGACAAAAAAGUUAGAGAUAGAGAGGACUAAGCUGAAAUGUCAUGCACGACUAUGAGGUGGAUUUAUUUAUGCAACAUUACGGUUUCAGAUGAUUCUCUGUAUUAUAGCUGAGGAUCUAAACUGCUGAUUUACAGCUGAAACUCUUAAUAUUACCUGGUGAGCUGAUAAUCAGCCAGCUCUGUGACACUAUGAACUCUGCUCAGCUGUUCUUCGGAUGUGACUAGAGUGACCCUUCCUGCAGCAAAGAGCGCAAUGAUUGGAUAUUCACUCAAUGGGAAGAGUUUUCUCACCUUAGCAGACAGACUAAUAGGCUUAUAUGAGGAAACCUGUUCAGUGUAAUUUAGAGACACAUGCAUCAACAUUUUCUUUAAAUCUCAAAGGGCUCAGAUGUUACAUAGAGUCUGCUAAAUUCUUAUUUGUUCAGUUAUUUCUGAACCUAAACGACAUGUACAGUUUGCUGGUUUGAGACACACUGAGCAGGAUGAUACGAUGUGAUCUGAGGUCACAUCAAAAGAAUUAAACAGAACAUGUUUGCUCUGCUGUAAAAGACAUAAACCUCCUGGAAACACAUCCAAUCUUCGUAAAAAAAUGAUUUCUUUAAAUUUGAGCUUCAUCUUGAGUUCCUCCAUGAUCUCUCAGACCUCGUAAACUCUCACUUCUAAACCUCUUCAAAGCAAAGCCAGCAGUGUGAGUUUCGGGAAAUGCACGUCCAUCACACCCUGACCCGUCAGAAACUUAAACCUCCAACUUUAGCAGAAAUCAGCAGAGUAAGUGUUGGAGUUUAAAGCAGGCGGUGAUGAUUCUUACCUGUCAGGCUGGAGCAGGCGCAGUGACAGCCGGAGUUUAGCGCUGACUGAGUGAUGUUGAAGUGGAUGGCACACAAACAGAACCAAGUCAGAGAGAAAAAUCAUGCAAGGAGACUAUUUAUAAAAAACUAAAAUCACUGAAAUUCAAAAACACUUAUUAGACUAUGGAUGCUUUAUCAAACAGCCUAAUAUCAUAUUCAGAAUUAUUACAUCCCACGUUUCCAUCUUUUUCAAGUCUUGUGCCGGUGUUGUCUCAGAUGAAACUCACACCCAUCUCCGAGUCUGAGGUCAAACCAUGUGACUGUUUCGCCUUAAAGUGUCUGGUACACCAUUGUGUCAUACGGCAAAGAAAACAAACCAACAGGAGAAAGAUCCUUUCUUAAAGUAGAGACAGACUCUUCUAAAAGCCAGCAGACCACACUGACACAGGUGGUGGUUUUACCUCAAAGAAAGGGGGAGUUAUUAGUCUGUCACUGCCCUCCUGAGUUUGUCUGAGCAGAGGCUGAAACCAGACUGAAAAAAACAAACUAUAAAAAAACCACUCAUCAUUCCAAACUAAGCGGUAUGUUUUGGCAGAGGGACACAAGCAGUUUACAGACAUGACUGCUUUUAUCAGAUGAGUGGAGGAGAACGAUAAAAUAGUGGAUUCUUGUGGGGCACAGCUAUCCAAAAAGUUUGAGGAAACUUCAGUCUUCAGAGCUGAGUCUUAGAUGAUUUUCCAGACCGUUCUGAAUUUAAGGUCCCUGGAUGAUGCCUGAAUCCUUUCCUCAUUGAUCAACACUGUAGGUCACUCCCUGACUGAAAACAGUGGCUGAAUUGCCCCACAGUUCACUCUUGGGGAGUGUUGUAAUGGUCUUCAAGUCCUACUGAUCAGUGCUUCCUCAGUGAAACCCUAAAUCCAAAAACCCAACUUACACCUGGUCAUCUGUCCUCUCUCACAGCAGAUGGAGAUGAUGGUUUUGAACAAGCUGAAGUGGGACCUGGCGUCUGUAACCCCUCUGGACUUCAUCGACCACUUCCUGUCCCAGCUGGCAGUCAGAACGGAGAACAAACCGAUUCUCAGGAAACACAUACAAACAUUUGUGGCUCUCUGCGCUACAGGUAAAGACCAGUUUAAGUCUUUGUGUUGUAUCCAUCAACUUAACUCUCAAACUGGUCUGAAUGGCACCUCAGAGGAGUUUGACCGAUAAGCUCAGGUUUUAAAGGGAUAUUUCAGUAUUUUUAAAGUAGUGUUAUACGAGUUAUAUACAGCCUCUCUUAUUAAAAACUGCAGAGAGAAUGUGCACACAUGCUAGGGUACAGUUUUCUGUAGACAGACAACGCUGACCCAAACUCUCAUCCAAGCCCAGGGAAUUUUUUAGCACUUUACUCCACCAACCGGAAGUCCAUUUGUUUGUUUAGACACAACACAUACAGGUGCUCCUUUUCCGGCAGCAGGAGCAGCUAAUCCGGUAGAUGAUGUACGAGUUGGUGAUAAAUUCAGAUGUUUCAAAAUUUUUGCAUCUGUUUUCCUUAAUGAUAAUCACCAGAUGCCUCGCAUCAUUCUUUGGAGACAGUCAUGUGUGUAGUUUGUUAUCCCAGAAUCAGCAGUGUAUUUUGGUCAGGUAAACAGAUCUGAGAGCUGAACUCGGACUCUGAAGAUUCUCUAAUGUAUAGCUUUUCUGGUCUUGAACUAAGUGGAUAAAAGCCAGCGUUCAGUCUCCAGUACAGCAGUGGACUCUGGUGUGAACUGCUGCUGUAUUUGGAUUCCCAAAGAUUCAGGGGUUUUGCUGGAACACAGUCUCACUCUGCUGACCGAUAUUUUGAUUCUGAGGUUCUUCUCAGUUUAUCUGUUUUCAUCAUAAAUUAUCCAUAAAGAUCCCUCUGACCGUGCCGUGUGUUUCCAUCAUGUGCAGACGUGAAAUUCAUCGCCAGUCCUCCAUCCAUGGUGGCAGCCGGCAGCAUGGUGGCGGCGGUGGAGGGUUUACAGAUGAGGAUGGUGGGGGGUGCCUCCAUCUGUGAGAAGCUGACUGAGCGGCUGGCUCAGACCAUCAGGAGCGACCCGGUGAGUCCACCUGCUGGUCACAUGAUCUCUGAGACACACCUGAGCUGUCAGAGCAUCACACUGACCUGAACUCUCUCUCUCUCUCUCCUCAGGACUGCCUCAGAGCAUGUCAGGAGCAGAUCGAGUCUUUGCUGGAGACCAGCCUCAGGCAGACCCAGCAACAACAGCACGCUGUUGUCAUAGAGACCAAGAGCAGCAGCGAGGGGCAGGACCUCUCAGCUACACCAACAGACGUCAGAGACAUCAACAUCUGAGGAUGGAUAUGAAGGAUAUAAAGACACACGAGUGUGUGUGUUCACACUCUGCAGAGGGCGAAGUGAGUGUAUGAACUGUUAUAACACCACGUCUGACAUGAGGGACCAGGAGAGAAGCUGAUUGGACAGAAACAUGUCCAGGACUAACAGCAGACUGAUAUUCAGUGUGAAGUGGAGAGCAGCUCAAAGAGAAAAGAACAAAUUUACACCUCAGAGGAGGAGGUGGUAGCACCAGCAGAGGUGUUGACCCUCCUUCCACCACUGAACCUCUGAAACCCUCUGAAGCUGAUACAAAGACGACUCUCACACUGAUGUGUUUGAUAUUUAAAACCCAGACUUCUGUUAUUUUAAUGCUGAGAGUUUCUGGAAACACAGCUGAUCUUGUUUACUGUUUGAAAAAUUCAAGGGGUUUGUUUCAGUGUUAAACACACAUAUGAACUUUUCAAUAAAUCUAUUUCUAAUAAAUAUUGAAGAUAGCA